AUGAGGACGUUCCUUGACCUACCAGAUGAAUUGAUACAGAAAACUCUCAGGUUAAUGAACCCCAGAGAUAUUAUCAACUUAUGGCAUUACGUCCCAUCACUUCAACACUUGAUAACACCAGAUAUUUUAUGUAUCGUUGGUGAUAUUUCUACGAACAAAUGGAUGUUCAAACUACCAGAAGAGUUUUUUUGGGAGACUACAUAUUUUUUCUCUAUUAUAAAUGGCUAUGAAGCCCAUCCACGAAAUGAGCUUUUGUUGGAUUUCAGAGGUGUUUUGCUAUUACAUUUAAGAUAUGAUGACCUUGGAUUAGGCAUAGAGGUUUCCUUAGAUUCGGAUGAUGAGCCAGAGUAUUCAGAAUAUUAUGACACGAGUAAUUAUUAUGAGCGAGGAGAUGAAUAUUACGAAGAUUUUAAUGAUUUGGCAAUGCUUUCUCGAGUUUGUUCCAUAAAAUAUCCUUUUCAUCUUAGUAUUUGGACUGAUGAUGAAUUUUCCGAUGGUGGUUUAAUGGGUUCAAAUAUUUUCCAAGAAAGCAAAGAUAAUUUAUGGGAGAAUAUUCUGAAGGUGCUUUCAAGUGAGAAAAACCAGUUACAAAAUCUGAAAUCUAUAUCAUUUACUGAUUUUGAAGAGGUAUAUAAGGAGUUGGGCUUCGACUUUAAUCCAGAAUUUGCAUAUUUACCACUUAAUGAUGAGCUUUCAGUAGAGGAUACCUUUUCAAAAUAUGCUCCGAAUGAGAUUACAGUAAAAGAUUAA